AUGUUUAUCCUAUCAAUAUAUAUACAGGGUUCCGCUCCCGCCAAAGUGGAAGAGCUGGCUAAGCAGAUCGAGGCGUCCCAGGGCUUUGUGAUGGUAUGUCCUGAGUACAAUCACUCUGCUUCCCCGGCACUGACCAAUACCAUCGGGCAUUUUGGCGGGAGCUUGUUCGCGUGGAAACCUUCGGCGAUUGUUACGUACAGUAUAGGCCAGUGGGGUGGGCAAAGAG